GACAGCCCCUUCAGCUGAGAGUCACGUGAUGCGACCUGGCCCCGCUUCCGAUUACGGCUGCUCCGGGCUCUGCCGGCUUGCGCCCAAAGCUUGCUGGGUUCGGCGCGACUCACGAUGCGUAGCGGGCAGUGCGCAGCGGGGGCCCCGGUGCUCCAGUUCACCAACUGCCGCAUCCUGCGUGGCGGCACGCUCCUCAGGGAGGAUCUGUGGGUGCGCGGGGGCCGAAUCCUGGACCCAGAAAAGCUGUUUUUUGAGGAGAGGCGUGUGGCUGAUGAGCAGCGGGACUGCGGAGGCCGCAUCCUGGCGCCUGGCUUUAUCGAUGUGCAGAUCAACGGUGGAUUUGGUGUUGACUUCUCCAAGGCUACGGAGGACGUGGGUUCGGGGGUCGCCCUAGUGGCCCGGAGGCUCCUGUCCCACGGUGUCACCUCCUUCUGUCCCACCCUGGUCACCUCCCCACCAGAGGUUUAUCACAAGGCACAUUCCAGCAGCUAUAAGUGUGCCAGGUCCUCCUGGGCGCUUCCCGGAAGGCCUUGCUCCUGUGAGCCCUGCCCCCACGCCCCUUCUCCACCGCUGUGUUUUCCUCAUGCAGCAGGCUCAACUGGCAAGGUCCUUCCUCAGAUCCCUGUGAAGAGUGGAGGUCCCCAUGGGGCAGGGGUCCUCGGGGUGCACUUGGAGGGCCCAUUCAUCAGCCGGGAAAAGCGGGGUGCACACCCCGAGGCCUACCUCCGCUCCUUUGAAGCCAAUGCUUUUCAUGAUGUGUUGGCCACAUAUGGGCCCCUGGACAACGUCUGCAUUGUGACACUUGCCCCUGAACUAGACCGGAGCCAUGAAGUGAUCCAGGCACUGACAGCCCAAGGCAUCCGUGUGUCUCUAGGGCACUCAGUGGCCGACCUGCGGGCUGCAGAAGUGGCAGUGCAGAGUGGGGCCACCUUCAUCACUCACCUCUUCAAUGCCAUGUUGCCUUUCCACCACCGUGACCCAGGCAUAGUAGGGCUUCUGACCAGUGACCAGCUGCCCCCAGGCCACUGCAUCUUCUAUGGGAUGAUUGCUGAUGGCAUACACACCAACCCUGCAGCUCUGCGCAUUGCUCACCGGGCCCAUCCCCAGGGGCUGGUGCUGGUCACUGAUGCUGUCCCUGCCCUGGGCUUGGGCAAUGGCCGCCAUACACUGGGACAGCAGGAGGUGGAGGUAGAUGGGCUAAUAGCGUACAUUGCAGGCACCAAGACACUGGGUGGCAGCAUAGCCCCCAUGGAUGUGUGCGUCCGGCAUUUCCUGCAGGCUACAGGCUGUAGUGUGGAGUCGGCCCUGGAAGCUGCCUCCCUCCACCCUGCCCAGAUGCUGGGGCUGGAGAAGACCAAGGGGAGCCUGGACUUUGGUGCUGAUGCAGACUUUGUGGUGCUCGACGACACUCUCCAUGUCCAGGCCACUUACAUCUCUGGUGAAUUGGUGUGGCAGGCAGAGGAAGCUGGGCCGUGACUGAGGGUCUUGGCUGGAAAGGACACUUGGAGAGGCCAGGCAGUCCACGGAGCUGGUCUCCAGGGAGCAAGCUGAGAGCCCUGCCCUAUGUCUAAAACAGAACCUCAGUCAUCACUCCUGGAGGGGAGGCAGUGGCUUGGAUAAAUACAGACAGUGGGACUUGC